UAUUCUAUUUUCAAUCUGAAUGCUUAUCCUGUUUUACUGAGGCAUACAACCUGUUUUUACUGAUAGCCAUACAUGCUGUUCUUCUUUGAAAUACAUGUUUGAGAGCACUUCUGUAGUGAUAAGAAACAGACAUAUCAACAUCCUGGGACAGAAUAACGCCCCGUGUCUGCUCAUGAAACAUGUUUUUUAUACUCAUAUAAAGGCUGUCUGCGCCCAGCUCAUCUUUGGAGUUUGUUCAUGAUAUUUGGUUGUGACACUCUCCUUCUUUUGCAAAAGAUAAAACGCUGGUGUAAUUCUGAUUACUGGUCUCUGUCUCAUUAAUAUUAACGUCUUUAUAUUAAUUUAUCUAACACAAACACAUGCAAAAGUAGCCUACAUCACAAAAACAGCAUACAAUACCUUUAAAAGAAGGCAAUAGCAUUACAUAUAAUUCUGCCAUUGUUCUGAGAAUGUUGUGGGUUUCCGCUGUGCAUCAUGAUCCUGUUGGUCCUGUCAGGAUUUAUUUGUCAAGAAUGAUGGGCAGACUAUACUUAAUCCCUUACAUGUUUUCAAUGAAGACCAAGCUCUGCAACCUAGAACUAUAGGCCUACGUUCUAAACCAUUUAUUUAUGUAACCACUUUCUUUUCUAUUUCACUGACUAAUCUGUGUUCGAAACGAAAAUCUUAAUCUUUAAGUAUUAAGCAUAGCAAUCAAUAGCAUUAAGACAUUUUUUUUAUUUAAUCUUUUAACUUCAUGAGCCCCAAUUAUUAACCUGGCCUAUAUGAUUGCAAGACAGUGUCUUUAAAACUUAAUCUCCGUGAUUUUAUUUAUGUAUUAGGACGUUAUCAAGGCCUACAACUGAACUAACUGAACCAAUCACCGUUAUCAACAUAGCCUAUCUAAGCCAUUUAACACAAAAGAAAAGUUACGCGUGUUCUCCUGUCAACGUAAGCAUAAACUUGUUACUUAUUAACACUUGCCCAUUGUUACUUGCCCCCAAAUACUCUUUUCGUGACUUAAGGGGCUCGCCUUAGGUCAAAGUGUGCACAGCUACUCCAAUACAACGCUUGUGCAUCUAUCUACUGCUCACCAUCAUUUUCAGAAUCUGUUCACAAAACAUCGCGAGAAUACCGACCAGGAACUGUAGCUGAAGUCACAACAAGCUGUCAUCAACUACAGUAGCCAAAUGGCUAAAGUAGAGAUAGCAGCACUCAGACCCUGGGAUGACUUUUUCCCUGGGUCCGAAAGGUUCGCCAAACCCGAUGUGCGCGACCUGGCAAAAUGGAACAACAGAGUUGUCAGUAAUCUUAUGUACUACCAAACUAAUUAUCUGGCGAUGGCAAUCGUUGUCUUCCUACUUGUGGGGUUAACGAAUCCUCUUGACAUGAUGCUUGGGGGAACUGUGGUCACGCUGGUCUUCAUGGGCUCGGUAUGGGGUGCGGAGAACAAGGCCAUGAUCAAGAGCUUCAAGACACAGAACCCCACCCUGUUUGUGUUUGUGGUGAUGCUGGCAAGCUAUUUCCUCAUGUCCCUCUUUGGAGGAGUCAUGGUAUUCAUCUUCGGAAUCUCCUUCCCCCUUUUGUUGGUCUUCGCCCAUGCUUCGCUGCGCCUGCGUAACAUGAAGAACAAGCUGGAGAAUAAGAUGGAGGUGGUGGGGCUAAAGAAGUCUCCAAUGGGGAUCAUCCUGGAAUCACUGGGUCAACAGGAAGAGAGCAUAAACAAGAUUCAGGACUUCCUGGAGAAUGAAAUGAGGAAGAAACUGAAUGACUGACAAAGAAUGUGAAUGGCAGAUUUAUGUUAAUGGUAUACACACACACACACACACACACACACACAUGAACACACAUAACAGAUAGAAAUACACACAGUUUGUUAGAACUGAAUGAUGCUAGGAAACUGAACUCUACUCCAGGUAGUGUCAAUGAUGUGUCUUUCUUGAAUACAGUUCACGGAAUGUGAAGGAUUGCAUUGUUUGUAAAUCCAACGUAGUUUACAUGCUGGGCACACCAGUCUUCAGGAGCAAUGUUUGACUCCAUCACGCUGUCAGGACAUUCUCAGAGCUAAACACACACUCCCCCUGUGACUGGGCUACAAUAACAUGAAAUGCAAAGUGUAUUCUUUCUUUCCAAAAUGUUGAAUUUGCAGUGUCCUUUGUACCAAUAUGCAAUCAGAAGUAAGAUAAAAAAAAAGUUUCUGUUCAGGUCACUUGGCUUUAAAAGCCUCAAAUGUACAACGCAAGAGAUGGGUUGUUAAAGUAAGCAAGGACAUCUGUGAGGCAGGUCUCUUGUUAGUUUUUCAGUUGUUUCAUACAGUUUAAUAGUAAGAUUUCUUUUAUUUUUAUCCAGAAAUACAGUUAAAAUAUUUACCAAAUAGAUACAUGAAGUUGAAGAGGCAGGGGCAUUGAAAAAAACAUGGUUUGAAUGUUUUUGUUUAAUCAUUGAUUCCAAAGUUUGUAUGAGGGACUAUUGUGUGUGUGUAAUAAUGAACCUCAAAUAACUCAAUGUAAAUCUAUGCAAUCUUUUCAAAUAAAGAGCCAAAGGCCUUUAAAUUGAA